AUGCGCCGAAAACGUUGUCCUCAAUGCGGUCGUUUAUUCCACUCCUUACGACAUCAUUUCCUGCAUUGCUCUGUUUCUAAUCAAUCUACAACAUCGUCGAGAAUCCCCCAUGGGACUAAUCUACAUCAAGAGACAUUACAGGAAUGUAAUGUCCCCGUGCCGCCUCCGGUUGUUACAUCCGUUUCCGUUGCUGACAUCAAUAGCUACUUGUCUCCGUUUUCAAGUUCUACUCUCCACAUUGACUCUCAACAAUAUUACCAAGUAUCUUCUACGUCUUUGGAUCAUAACUAUCCUGUUUCUGAAGCAAAAUGUGUCACCUCAUCCGUCACUGCUAAUUACGCGACAACAGAUACCAUCACCACAAACCACAACACUGCUGAUAAGGCGACACCUACAAUAACCUCGCAUGGUGACAUCGCUACGCAGCCUGGAUCUGCUUCUCCACCGUCUGGAUCUUCUUCUACCCUUCCUCCUAACCUCAAUCUUACAACGACUAUCACGUCGCAAUUAACGCCUACUGUACCGUCAUGUACUACUGGUAGGUGUGAAACUAUUAUAUCUGCUGAUAAGUCAACAUCAGAAACAAAGAUCCCGCCUCGUCAGCACUGCGGUCUUUCUGAUGUCGCUAAGCAGAACACCUUUUCUUCUCAUUGCAAUAAUUUUCUGCCACGACUCCGUCUUCCUCCCGCCUCUGAUGUUAAAAUGUGGUCUGACGUGAAUGACUGGGUACAGUCUGCUGUUGUCCCAAAUGUUUUGGAAGCAGUUGGUGUUGAAUCUAAAUAUCAAGUCAUACGCGAACGUCUGUAUUAUGGUCUGAAAUCACGCUUUGGAUGCCACCGUUCUUCUACUCGUAAGCGCAAACGGAAACCUGCCAACAAUCAAGCUCAACUGGAUGCUCUGAGGUCUACUAAGAAUGAAGUUAGACGCAAAUUUCGUCAAGCCAAACGACAAGGGGCGUCUCUAGCAGAAUUGACAUCAUUUGCUCGUCAAUUUCACCAACUAAUUAGACGUCAUAGUAAACUGAAAGCUGUCAUGAAUAAACGGGAUCUCAAGUCUUCUGCUAGAAAUGCUAAUAAACGCUGUUCAACCAACUUUUGGAAGUUCUCUAAGGAUUUGUUCUCUGAUGACUCUGACACCUCUAACGUACUGCCACAGUUUUCUGCUGAUGAAGCCUAUACUUUCUUCCAGUCUACUUACUCCAAACAGUCUCUUCCUCCCCCUCCUGUGCUUCCUUCUGGUGUGUCUUCUCCUCGACCUCCUUCUCGUGACUUUGAUAUUCGUCCAUUUUCAACUUCUGAGAUUCUUAAGAAAAUCAAAUCUACUCGAAAUUCUGCAGCUCCGAGUCCUCUGGAUGGGUUAUCCUAUCUUGUAUUCAAGAUGUGUCCUUCUCUACUGCCUGCACUGCUGGAUCUAUUUAAUUGUUGCUGGCUUUCUGCCUCCAUCCCACAACUUUGGAAAACUGGUGUCAUACGUCUCUUUGCCAAGCCUGCUGCAUCCAAAGAUCCCCACGAUCCUUCUUUAUUUAGACCUAUUGCCUUAACACCGUGUAUUGGUAAGAUAUACACCUCUAUGCUCAAGGAUCGAUGGUGCCAAUUUAUGUUGGAAAAUAAAUUCUUCGAUACAUCAAUUCAGAAGGCUUUUCUCCCUGGUAUAUGUGGUACAGAGGAACAUCAGUACAAGCUACGGUCAGCCAUUGCUGAUGCUAAAAGAAGUCGACACACUUUAUCAAUUUGUUGGCUUGACUUUGCCAAUGCCUAUGGUUCUGUCCCACAUUGGCUCAUUUUACAAUGCUUUAGACUCUAUCAUGCUCCAGACCAUCUACUGUCCGUCAUCACCAACAUAUAUUCAAACCUUCAGCUACAAGUUUCCACUGUGAAGUGGGCAACAUCCAUGUUGCCCUGCAAUAUUGGAGUGCUCCAAGGUGACCCGUUUUCGGUCAUUGUUUUUAACACCGUCAUAAACACACUCGUUAUGAUGUUGAAGACUCAGCCUUUUGGUUACACGCUUAGUGGUUCAUCUCACAAGAUCAAUGCUCUUCUGUUCGCUGAUGACGUUACCCUAGUAUCAAAGUCGCCUUCUGUGGUCCCAACUGACCAUUAA